ACAGGAGGUUUCUUUCCACCAUCCAUGUCGAUCAACACCUUUCGAGUAUUCAGACAAAAGCAAAUCAUGCCUAUUUCAAGAAUUAGAAUACCGUUUUCUCCACAGAAUUUCGCCGGCGAUGGUCGUGAGCUUCCGUUUCAUGACCGACCGUCGGCGACUUUCUCCGAUAUGGUCUUUGGGUUUCUCGAGGAUAGUGAAGAGCCAUUGCAGGCAAGUCCUAGUAACGAAGAGUGUCGCCAAACUGAAGCAUUAGAUGAAGAAGAUGAAGAUAGAUCAGAGAAUGGCAGUGCUGAAGAGGAAAAACACUUCUGGGAGAAACAAAACCAGCUUCUACAAGCUACCUUAUGCAGGACUAGCUCCUUGGAAUCAAGGAUUAGAAAUGUUACCAAAGAAGCCAUAAAGGAAAUUCAGAUGGCAGGAACAAUCUGUGGUUGUGGAAGACUAAUGGUAGGUGGCUGCCGGAAUUGUUUGAUGACAGAAAUCUCCGGCCGCCUCCAAAAUGCCGGCUACAAUAGUGCCAUUUGCAAGUCUAAGUGGAGAAGUUCCUCAGACAUUCCAUCUGGAGAACACACAUUUUUGGAUGUAAUGGAUAAUUCAAAUUCAAGAAAAGGAGAAGUGAGGGUGAUAAUUGAAACAACUUUCCGAGCUGAGUUCGAGAUGGCGAAAGCAAGCGAAGAAUACAAUAGAUUAGUCCGACGAUUACCGGAGGUAUUCGUCGGAAAAAGUGAAAGAUUAAACACAGUAAUAAAGAUCUUGUGCUCGGCGGCUAAGAAGUGCAUGAAAGAAAAGAAAAUGCACUUAGGGCCAUGGAGAAAACAAAGAUACAUGCAAGCAAAGUGGCUGGCCACAUGUGAGAGGACCACAGUCAUGCCUGCCUUUUCAACGGGACGACGUUCCGACCGGCAGCCCAAGCCUACGGCGUCUAUGCUAACGGUGGAUUUGCUGGAGAUGUUGCCUAAUUUGCAUUGCACAGCAGUCGCGGUUGUGUGAUCACAUUGUGAAUUUUUUUUUCUUCUUUUAUUAAAAUUCAAAUUUGAUUCUUAGUACACUUUUGAUAUAAUUAGGAUCAUGAAUCGAAUAAAAUAAUUAAAUAUGACUACAAAUUAAGAUAA